AUGAAAUGGAAGAAGGCAAAGUGUCGAAAACUUUUGGCUCUUCCACGACCAUAUCCUCGUGAUCUCUACCCAGAAGACGUGCUCGAUCCAGAUGGAGAUCGUAACUACACCGUUGAUUACAUGGUCGAGACUUCAAAUCGUCAUGUUAUAUCUCACCAUUUGCUGCAUAUUGUGGAGGUUGAAAAGGAAUUCGAUAUUGAGGGCGUUGAAUCAUAUAACAAGUGA